CUUCAAUUCAAUAGACUUGCGUUGAAACAAUGGUUGCGACAUCGACAGAGCGCACCGACAGCGAGUUGCUCGCCGACGUUGCUUCCCUCAUCGCCAAGGUCGCACCGACCGCCAACGCGUCGCUGGAGGCGUCGUCUGCCGCGCUUGUUGCUGCUGGCAAGACCACCGAGGCCCUCAAGCAGGUCAUUGCCGCAUCCGCAGCCUUGUUUGCCCCGGAGAACAAGGACAUCGAGGCUCCCUUCAACAGUCUGCUCUUCCUCGCCACCAAGCAAAAGUCAGAAGAUGCCGCCGAGCUCGUCAAGGCGCUGCUUGCUGCAGUCGCCACCGAUGUCUCGGACAAGCGAUCUCUUGAGCGGCUGCGAGUGCUCUCGGUCGUGUUCAACACCCUCGAUGCGAACUCCCUGAACCGAUUUGAAACAUUCAAGGCCCUCGUCUCGUUUGCUGGCGCCACCGGCCACCUUCAGGCUGUCGAUCUCGAUUUUGACACCCUUGCCGACUGGAUUGGCCAGUGGGGUUUGACUGGAACACAAACCCGUGCUCUGUACCGUUUGAUCUAUGACGUUCUCACCCAGAACAAGAAGAGCAUUCUUGCGCACAAGUUCCACGAGCGUCUCCUGCACACGUACGACACUGCUGAUGCCGAGACGCUGGCCACCGUCAAGGAGAGUGCCGAAAAGUGCAUCAAGGAGGCCAUCGCUGCUCCCCAAAUUUUCCAGCUCGACUCGCUUUUGCAGCUCGCCGCCGUCAAACAACUCGAGGGCUCUGACAUUCACAACUUGCUGCUCAUUUUUGUACGAGACAACUUCCAAGCAUACGAGCAGUUUUACAACUCGCACACUGCGUUUGUUCAGUCAGCUGGUCUUUCCCACGAACAAAACUUGGUCAAGAUGCGCAUCUUGACGCUCGUCACACUUGCAUCCACCAGCUCCGAGGUCGAAUUUUCACGAAUUGCCGAGACGUUGAGCGUGCCCCAGGAGGAGGUCGAGGCGUGGGUCAUUGAGGCCAUCACUGCCAAGCUGAUCGAGGCCAAGAUUGAUCAAUUGAACGGCAAGAUUGUCAUUGGCCGAGCAACGCACCGCAUCUUUGGCAAGCCUCAGUGGCAGCAACUGCACGACCGCCUCAGCUCGUGGCAAAACAAUCUUAACGACAUUCUUGUGGUCAUCAAGAACGCCAAGUCACAAGCCCAACAACACGGCACCGCACCAGUUGCCGUCCCUGCUAGCGCCCAGUAGUCGACCAGAACCCCAAACCAACAUUCCUUUUAGGUCCCGCUUUUCUGCAACCCCGUUGUUUUUUUGAAAUACAGUUAUGCUUCCACAUGAA